UUUUUUUUAAGCCUUUUAACCGUACUUAUGUUUAUGAGUUGACAAAGCUUGCAGAUUUAUAUAAUGGGUUUCCUUAUUCUAUUAGCGAGUUAGUAAUUAGUAGUUAGCGGUUAGCGUUCGAGAUAGUGACAUUAUGUAAUACUAAAUAAUAUAUUUGUGUUUUUAACUCAACCGACCCGACCGGUUGCUUUUAACUUUGUCUGAAAUCAACCCCGAGUCAAGGCUUUCAAGGACCCUCAUAUAUAAAAAUCCUAGAUCCGUUACUGCUUGCAGAAGUUUGUUCCCGUGGUGCUGCUAAUAACAUGCCUGGGGGGAGGGCAGCUCAUUCACGGUUUAAAAUCCCUCUUAACCUCAAUAAUAACUCGAUGUGCAACAUCAAACAGCAGAGCGGUACUGCUGAGCUUCUUCGAGAUGCCAAGAUAAUCAUAUGGGAUGAGGCAUCAAUGGCUAAAAGGCAGGCCAUAGAGGCACUUCAUCGAACAAUGCAAGGCCUUAUGAGGGUGAGACAACCUUUCGGUGGAAAAAUAAUGAUAUUGGGAGGUGAUUUUAGACAAGUACGGCUUGUUGUGAGACGUGGUACUCGAGCACAAAUUGUAGACUCUAGCCUAAGAAUGUCUCCUCUAUGGUCUUCGAUUAUAAAAAUGUUGUUGGCUGUAAAUAUGAGAGCAAUGACUGAUCCAUGGUUUUCGGAUUUUAUUUUAAGAGUUGGUGGUGGAGAUGAAAAAGCGAUUUCUGAUAGCUUUAUUCGUAUACCUGAUGACAUGACCAUCCCUUACACACAUGAAGAGGUAUCAAAAGAUGCUUUGAUCGAUGCUACUUUUCCAUCUUUACAAACAAACAUGCAUUCAUCAGAUUAUAUCAGUUCUAGAGCAAGUCUCAACCAGAUUAAUGACCAGAUGAUCGAUAAGUUUGUUGGAGAGGAAAAAGUUUACUAUAGUUUUGGUGAAGCAGAAGAAGAUAAGAAUAACUUUUAUCCAACUGAGUUUUAAACUCACUAUCAGUUUGUGGUUUGCCCCCGUAUCGCCUCCGACUGUAGAUUGGAUGUUGAAUAAUACUGUUACGAAAUAUUGAAAUGGAUUAUGUAAUGGUACUAGAUUGGUAUGCAGAGCUUUUCAACACAAUGUUAUAGACGCUGAAAUAGCUGUGGGUCAACAUUUAGGCAAAAGGGUUUUUUUUACCAAGAAUUCCUCUAUGUCCAUCUGAAGACGACAUGUUUCCAUUCAAGCUGAAACGAAAACAAUUUUCAGUUCGACUGAAUUUUGCUACGACCAUUAAUAAAGCCCAAGGACAGACGAUAUCACAUGUCGGUGUUUACCUUCCAGAUUUCGUAUUUUCACAUGGGCAGCUGUACGUGGCACUGUCAAGGGGAAUAUCGCGAGCCAAUACUAAGGUAUUAGUGAAGCCAGCAAAACAGUUCCGCCGUGAAGGUGUGUACACAUCAAAUGUCGUGUUUCGAGAAGUCUUGCGUGAUAAAUAAGGCAAAUGCAGAAGGCGUUAAGUUGAUACAUGGUCAUGUAUGAAGAAAAGAUAUAUCAAAGAUGAUUAUGUACAUUUAUUUGUAAGAAGGCCUGUCAGGAGAUCUCCAAUAAUUAAGCGCGGUUACUUUGUUCGUUGGGCUACUUUCCGCCAGUUUCUGAAUUGUGAAACGAAGUCGAAUAAUGGUGGUCUUGUCAAGAAGCAGAUUUUAUCGCUGGGAGCUGGUUUCGAUACGACAUACUUUCAGUUGCAGGAUGAGGGGAAGGCGCCAGAUUUAUACGUAGAACUGGAUUUUAAGGAGGUGACUAGUAAAAAGGCAACAAUUAUCGAAACUUCUGGCCAAUUAAGGGAAAAGAUCAGUGAAUCUGCAUCAAUUUGUCGAGAGAAAGGAGAAGUAUUCAGUGAUAACUACAAACUUCUUUCUAUUGAUUUGAGGGAUAUACAAACCUUGAAUGACCUCAUAUCAACCCAUAUGGAUCCAAGGCAUCAUCUAGUUUCUCGUGCAAUUUACGUUAUAUGUGAAUGCGUGUUAAUGUACUUGGAUCCUGAAUCAAGCCGUGCUAUUGUUGAAUGGGCAUCAAAAACAUUUUCGACAUCAAUAUUCUUCUUAUAUGAGCAGAUUCUUCCUUAUGAUGCUUUUGGACAACAAAUGAUGAGAAAUAUGGAGAGUCGAGGCUGUGGGCUAUUAGGCAUAUACGAUACACCAACGUUGCUUGCAAAGGAAAUACUAUUCCUCGAUCAGGUUGGCAGAGAGCUGUUGCUUGGGAUAUGAUGAAGAUCUAUACUGCCUUCAUUGAUUCUCGAGAACGACAAAGUUGAAAAGAGCAAUGUCUCCGCAUGAUGCGAUACUCUCAUCUCGUAGACACAUGUGAUAGUUGUGGAUCUAGAUCUGUUGAUUCUUCAUAGAAUCUGAUCUGGCUUUACUUAGGAUAAGAUCGAGUACAUUAACAGGGAGCUAAUAAUCUUCACUUUAGUCUAAAAAGAUAUCCUUAAAUAAUCGAAAGGCGAAAGUAUACUGUUAGGCUGACGGAUUCCCUUUUUGGCUCUUUUCAUUUUAUUGCAUAAUAUUUGACCUUUUGUUUGGCUGAUCAGGAUUGAAAGAUUGGAAUUGUUUGAUGAGUUUGAAGAGUGGUACAUGA